GAAAGCUAAAUUAUCCCACCUGAACGUCUCUGAAUCAUAGAAAAACAUCGACUUUUUCCUUGGCUUUUGCUUAACAACGCGGCGGCCUGCUGGGACGUAGACAAGGUUAGGAUUCGGAUAACGGUGUCAGAGGCUAUUACCAUUCCUUUCUCGCCUGUUUUCUACGCUCCUGACCUGUCGUGCUGCGUCCUGCUGCUUAAGACAGAUACCAGCCAUGUCUGCUCUUCUCGCUCGGCACUCCGCCGCCGUCGCAGCCGCCGCCAGUUGCGCGUCUGCAUCGCGAAGGGCAGACUCGAAUGGCGCCUCGUCUAAGCCGUUCGCGCCUCUAUCCGCUCGAAAGUCGGUGACGACAGCGGCUUUCACGGGGGGAAGAUCACAGCUCUCGUCCUCCUCUCUCCGGCUACACUCGUCCACGUCAGCAGCAGCCGCUUCCACGCGGAGUGUCGCCGCGGCCACGUCAUCCAGCUCGGAGGAGGUGUUCUUCGACAGCGGCCCGCACAUCGGCGACCUCGCGCUCAACCUCGUGCUUGGCCUAACGGGCGUGUGGCUGCCGCUCACGCUCGCCUCCGUCUUCCGCGUGUUGACUCUGCGCUACCGCUUCACCAACCGCCGAUUCACCGUGCUGUCGGAGCUGGAUGAGAAGGAGAGACUGGAAUAUCCGUACUCGCUGGUAUCAGAGGUGCGGUCAGCCCCGCGGUUCAUAGGCGAGUGGGGCGACAUCUCCAUCACCCUCAAGGACAAGACCGUGAUUGACCUCAAAAGCGUGCCCAAGUUUAGGCAGGUGGCCAAGUACUGCGAGGAGCAGGCGAAGGCGGCUGCAGCCAAGGAGGCAAAAGCGGGUGGAAGCAGCAGGAGCAGCAGCAAGGGUUUCGACAUUGCAGCCUAAGAAAAUAAAUCGACCCACGCUGCGAGAAUCUGCCCUGAUGGCUACAGUAGUAGGCGAAAUUUGAGGUGGCGUGCGAUAAACGCCUCUAUGUUGGUGAGGUGUAGAGAAAAUGUACACAUUUAUGACUACACCUCCAACUAUUCCAGGGUUUUGGAGUUUGCAUAGAUGCAACAAACUCAUAGGUCAUUGCUAUUCAAACCUUGAACCCCACUGGGAACCCUGGUUAGGUCUCUUGCGCACAGCGGCCGAGUAGAUGAAUUACUCCUGCUUCAACAUCCUAAC